AUGGUGACAUCACGGAAACGUGACUCACGAAUCACGGGUCUUCCCCCCCACCCCUCCUCUCCCUUUCCAUCCGCCAUCCAGACGACGCUUUGGCCGUUCGCGCCUUUGAAAUGCCGAUCCAUUCUUGUGCUCGGUAUUGCCACGUCAUUCAACCAAGAUGUGACGCGUGAAGCUGCCACACGCAUCGCUCGAGGCCUGUGCAUAGCAGCAGGACGCCCAUACACGCCUGUUGUUCAGGGCGCCACAGCUCUGCUCUCCACCGCACCAUCCCCAGCAGUAAGGCCACUUUCCUUGUUGAACCUUCUCUCGUGCGCCUUCCCUUUUCUUCCCCUACCUCCCGAAUCUCCCCGUUCUUGCACCCAGCUCUCCCUCCUCCCAUCGCCUACACUAUCGGUCUCUUUCCCCCGUUGUGCGCUUCCCUUCUUCCCUCCUGCCCUCCCGUGUUUUCAGCUCUGCGCUCCAAGCCUUCAUUAA